UCCACAGCCGGCAACGACAUCGAGCAGUAGACCUCAGGUCCAGAUGAUGUCCCAGUCACAAUCUCAGGCCGACUCCGUACCACCUAUCUUGCAAGCCUCCGUCCAUGAUGUACGAUUCUUUGCCGGGAUGUUGAGGGGUGUUAGCUUUGCGAAUCGUGCUACCGUUGCCAUAAGUCCAGAUGGCCUCAAAGUCAUCGUCGAGGAAGCGCGCUCUAUACUGGGCGUCGCCUACAUCUGGUCCGGCAUCUUUGACGAGUUCACCUACACCGCGCCCGACCCCGAGGACCUCGACACCGGCGCCGCCUUCGAGGUCCCGCUCUCCACGGUCCUCGAAUGCCUCAACAUCUUCGGCAGUGCGGGGCCUGGAUCCGCGUCCUCUUCGAGUGCGGCGCAUAAGAAGUGGCGUCGGGCGGAGGACGAGGAAGAAGAUGGGAAUGGGGACGGGGAGGGGAGGAGGAGAGGCGGGAAGGGGAUUGAGCAUUAUAUUGGGGCAUCCGAAGGUCACAGGACGGGGAUGCGGCUGAGCUUCUUGGGGGAGGGGCAUCCGAUGGUGCUGUUGUUGGCGGAAGACGCUUCGGGACCUAUAACGACUUGCCAUAUAUCCACGUCUGAGGCGGAUCCGCACCUCGACCUGCCUUUCGACCCGGACAAUACCGCUCUGCAGAUCAUCUUGAAGUCCUCCUGGCUCCGCGACGCCCUCUCCGAGCUUGACCCGUCUAUCGAGAAGCUCACGUUCGUGGGCAACCCGAAAGUAGAGGAGUCGGAUGGCAGGCGGAGAGCAGCGAAUGCGGCAGCGCCACCGCUCUUUAGGAUACGAGCCGAGGGGAGUUACGGGAGUACAGAGAUGGACUACCCGGACGACCGGGAGGUCCUCGAGACCUUCGAGUGCGCGCAUGCGAUACACUACAGCUACCGCUUCUCGUACAUCCUCAAGACGCUGAAAGCGGUCCAGCAUUCGACGAAGACGUCGUUGCGCAUCGAUGAGGAGGGGCUGCUGAGCUUGCAGUACUUGAUGCCGUAUACGAAGCCCAGAGGAGGAGAGAAGCUCGACUGCUUCAUCGAGUACAGAUGUUUGCCGCUGGAUGACGAGGAUUGAUGCUGUAUCGGUUGGGGGAUGCCUUGUGUGAAAGUUACGCUCGGUUGUGCAGCAUCAAUUUCCUGGCCCAAACUGGCUCGCACUGAUGCGUAUUCCUACCAGUGUCCAGUGUAGAGCAACGAGUGCUUAUGUUUCAUAGCUGAGCUGGAAGUGAAUACAACAAGGG